GUUGACUAACUACCUUCCUUCCUUGUCAACAUGGCGCCGAUGUUGGCACCGCUAAAAUGCGGCAUUCACUUUCAAAGACGAAAACUAGCACUUCUCAUUCGACAGACGAGCUCGUAUCGUGUCUGGAAUAAAAGUCGUAAUGAGCCACGGACGGACCAUGGACGCCAAAACGCACAUCUGUUAAGUUCCCCGCCACACCUACGAACAGCCACAUGGAGUACGAACAGGAGCGAAAACAGUCGUCGGAUUUUGGAGGCUGCAAAACACUUUCAGGUGACAGACAAACGGACAUGCUGGCAUGGACAUGCAGGGGGAGGACUAAGCGCAGAUCCAAAAAAUGUGCUGAAGGAGGUGAAUUCAGCCCAAAUCCUGUCAGCUAUGCUGUCUUAUGUGUGGCCAAAGGAUAGACCUGACCUGCGGGCCCGUGUCGCUCUCUCUCUGGGCCUGCUCGCUGGAGCCAAGAUCACCAAUGUGAUGGUGCCCUUCAUGUUUAAGUAUGCAGUGGACGAGCUUAACCAGAUGUCGGGACACAUGCUGAACCUAAAUGACGCGCCAAGCACCGUGGCUACCAUGGCAACGGCCGUGCUGAUUGGCUAUGGUGUCUCACGGGCUUGUGCGGCCUUCUUCAACGAGCUGAGGAACACCGUGUUUGGCAAGGUGGCCCAGAGCUCCAUCCGACGCAUAGCGAAGAACGUCUUCCUCCAUUUGCAUAAUCUGGAUCUGGGUUUUCAUCUCAGCCGGCAGACAGGGGCGCUGUCUAAGGCCAUUGACCGCGGCACACGGGGGAUCUCGUUUGUCUUGAGUGCACUCGUCUUCAAUCUCGGUCCAACAGUUUUUGAGAUGGCCCUUGUCAGUGCCAUUUUGUAUUACAAGUGUGGUGGAGAGUUUGCAGCAGUGGCCUUGGGUACCUUAUCAGCAUAUACCAUUUUCACAAUUCUCGUCACACAGUGGAGGACUCGUUUCCGGAUAGAAAUGAACAAAGCAGAUAAUGAGGCAGGCAAUGCAGCUAUUGACUCACUGCUCAAUUAUGAGACUGUUAAGUAUUUCAAUAAUGAAAAGUAUGAAGCUGAAAGGUACGACGGAUUCCUGAAGAUCUAUGAGUCAUCCUCUUUAAAAACGACAUCCACGCUCGCCAUGCUCAACUUUGGCCAGAGUGCCAUCUUCAGCGCCGGCCUCACCGCCAUCAUGUUGCUCGCCAGCAAGGGCAUCGCAGCGGGUACAAUGACAGUGGGAGACCUGGUAAUGGUGAACGGCCUGCUCUUCCAGCUCUCCCUCCCUCUCAACUUCCUGGGUACAGUGUACAGAGAGACCAGACAGGCCCUGAUAGACAUGAACACUCUUUUCACCCUGCUCAGCGUCGACACCAAGAUCAAGGAGAAGGAUCUCGCUCCACUACUAACCAUCACACCACAGGAGGCCACCAUCCGCUUUGAGGAUGUCUAUUUUGAAUAUCUGGAGGGCCAGAAAGUCCUAAAUGGAGUGUCCUUCGAAGUACCUGCUGGGAAGAAGGUGGCUGUAGUUGGCGGCAGCGGGUCGGGGAAGAGCACCAUUGUGCGACUUUUGUUCCGCUUCUAUGAGCCCCAGCGGGGGAACAUCUACAUAGCGGGGCAGAAUAUCCGAGACGUCAGCCUUGACAGCCUGAGGAAGGUUUUGGGGGUUGUACCUCAGGAUGCAGUUCUGUUCCACAACACCAUUUACUACAACCUGCAGUACGGGAACAUCGACGCCACACCAGAGGAGGUCUAUCAAGUAGCUCGUCUAGCAGGCCUCCAUGAUGCUAUCCUCAGGAUGCCCCAUGGCUAUGACACCCAGGUUGGGGAGCGGGGCCUCAAGCUGUCAGGAGGGGAAAAGCAACGGGUCGCCAUCGCACGCGCAAUACUGAAGAAUCCACCCAUCCUCCUGUAUGACGAAGCAACGUCGUCCCUCGACUCGAUCACCGAAGAGAACAUCCUGACUUCAAUGAAGGAGAUGGUGAAGGAAAGGACGUCGGUGUUUAUCGCCCACAGGCUUUCCACAAUCGUAGACGCAGAUGAGAUCAUAGUGCUCAAUGAGGGUAAAGUGGCAGAGCGAGGCAGCCACCAGGCUCUCCUCAGCACCCCGGGCAGUCUGUACGCCGAUCUCUGGAACGCCCAAAACAGCAAAAUCCUGAACAGCAGCAAAAACUCACCAGAGCCGCAGGCUGAGCGGCUGACCCAGAAGGAGGAAGAGAGGAGAAAAUUGCAGGAGGAGAUCCUCAACAGCGUGAAAGGCUGUGGGAACUGCUCCUGUUGAGAGAAGCUGCCACUCGCCAUGUUUGUUCAUCCCUCACAGAUGGCCUACACUGGAAUCCCUGGUCUGUGUGCUAUUGGGCAGGCGGGUACAUCCCCACUACCCGCUUCCCACUCCAGCCAAAACCCUCUUAUAAUGACUAUCUCUCCUCCUCUUCAUGGGAAUAAAGGCCAGCGCUCGCCAAAAUGAAGGAGGAGGAGCAGAACAGGGAGCAAGUGUGUUUAGCACUGGCUGGUGUCCAGAGAUAGAGCUUAUAUGCCAGUUGUCUCAGUUGAAGCAAAGCAUAAGAGACCUUGUAUAUCACAUACGUGUGUGUAAGACAUCUGUUAGUCAACAUGGUUGCCCCCUCCUCAUUUUUGACAUCAGGUUUAUUGACAUCUUCCACUGCACUGGAAACAGAUGAGAGUACAUGUAAUGACUUACAUAUGCCUUGAUAUUGAUGCAAAAAUUUUAUUGAUAGGAUUUUUUUUUAAUUCCUUACAAAAGGAAUUAAACAUAUGGUUUGCUUUUUAUGUAAAGGGUUUACACAUAUCACAGUUUAUUCCGAGGAACGUUGUUAUCAACAUUUAUUCUAAAAAUGUGAUGAUGUGUAGAUGAUCUAUUCUCAGUAGAAGGUGAUAUUUUUUUUUUAUUAUGUAUGCAGGAGUUGUUUGUUUUUUUUGGGCAAACAUGUUGUUCAUUUUUUGUGCAGAAGUUUAAUAUCUGUACACAAAAUAGGAAAAAAAACUACCCCAAAUAUCACCUUAUGAAACAUCAGGGCCUUUGCACAAAUCAGAGAUGAAUGAAAACAUUAUUUAGAUGCUUGCACUCACAAAAAUUCAAAAUAGCUCCCCAGUGAAUUGCUUAUAUGUCACGGUCACAUUCGUGUAAGCUUAACACUGAAACUAACAGGAAGGAACUCUAAUAAAUCAUGGGUGGGUCUCACUACAAUUUGAGCUACAUUUACAGGUAACAUUUUAAAAGGAUUUUUUUAACCAUCAUAUCCCUCAGCCUUGGUUGACAAGCCAAAAUGCAAAGUUAAUUGUGAAGAUUUUUUUUUUUGAGUGUAUGACCAAAGAAAGGCUGCUUCCCCGUGAAGGUUACAUGUAGCUUUUUAAAGACUGACAAUACACACGUGUAUAAAAUGGCCCUCUCCCUGACAAUGGUCCAAACAUUUUUUGUUUGGACCACUGCUACAAUAUUUUAUCUUUAAAUGGAGAAAUUAAUCACUGGGUGUCUUUCACACUUUGCUUCAUAGUAUUCUUGACUAUGUUGGCGUGUUUAUACAAUUCAGAUAAAUUAAUAAAUGUUGGCUUUUCUCUAAAUAUUAAAUGUUCCAUAUACUGCUGUUCUGAUGUAAUUUGAGAGCUCAAUAACACAAGAUUAUAUGCAUUUUUUUCUAUUUUUAACUAUUAAAGAGGGUUGGCACCUCUACGAGGUGAUGCAUACAGCCUUGCAUAUUUAAAGUUUUUAAAGAAAUAGUUCAUUCUUGUGAAAUUUGCCUGUUUCUGAUCGACUCGCCUAGAAACAUGGGGAAACAGCUGUCCCGCUUCUGUCCAAAGGGGGCAGCGUUCAGACCUGCUGGAAUUCAAUCUUGUUUAAGUGGUGCAAACAAAUCAAAAAUUCCAUUUUGCAGAGACUUUUAUUCCCGUGCAACUCUCCAGUUGCUUUAUUCUUGGGUCAGAAAUAGUACCAUGCAUGUUUCCCAGUAUAAUGCCAAACAGGGUGUGAAAAUUUGGUGAGGUAUAAAAAUCUAAAGGUGUCAUGUGGCUAGCGAAGUCGAACAACAGACUGGCGGCUGGGGCUUCAUAAGUGUUAGACAAACAUGACCGAACAUUGUUCAGUCUUUCUGUUACUCUGCCAGGAGGUGAGUAAGCCUAUUUACAAAAAUCUCUUCAGGUAAUUUUGCUACUUCUGGCCUAUAGAAAUAUUCAGAGAAAAGAAUGAAAUAUUUGCCUGAAGCACUCACUGCUCAAUGCAACGUGUCAGGAUAAUUGAGCUGAAUUUAUUUGUAUUGAUCUUAUUUUUAUAUUUGCUUUAGUUUAUUUGCUCUUAACGACAUGCCCACAUCAUUAAAUUGUCUCAGUCCAGGAGCAAUAUUCUGAUGCAUCAGCAGCACAAUCCAGAAAGGUUUGGAUGCAGUAGUCCGAGCUCAUUCAGGAUGGAGUGAGAUGGAAUCUGACUGAUAAAUCAAAAUUUCUACCAGGCUGUUUAAAAGAGGCUGUUUGCAGUUUAAAAGACAGCAUCUGUGAUGGUAUGUGGGUGUAGUGCACAUGGCAUGAGUGACUUACAUGUGUGAAGGCAUCAAUGCUGAACUUAUCAUCCUACAAGUUUCAGAGUAACAUGCUGCCAUCUUUCUCAGGGAGCACUUUGCUUAUUUUAGCAAGACCAAGUCAAACUAAAGGGCAAAAAGCAGUAAACCUGCCCCAAACCUGGAAGUGCCCUAACUUUUUUUUAAAAAAUAAGUUGCUGGAAUUAAUUUUAAAAUGACCCCCCCCCA